GUUCGAAAAUGUGAUUAAAAAUAAAAUUAAAAAAAAAUAUGAUAAGAAAAUUUUUAAAUUAUUCGCUUAGUAAUCAGUAUAGAAAAGGUUUUAAAAUUAAAGACUAUAGAAUAAUAAAAUCAUGCUCAAGAAAGUUUUCAUCAUCUCCAGAUGACGAUACUAAAGAUUACUUUGUCAAAGUUGAAAACAUCAGAAAUUUCAGCAUAAUUGCUCAUGUUGAUCACGGUAAAUCUACAUUAGCAGAUCGUCUUUUAGAAGUGACAGGAGCAAAAAAGAAAAAUUCCGGUAAAAAUCAAGUGUUGGAUGCAUUAGAAGUGGAACAAGAGCGAGGAAUCACAGUAAAGGCAAAUGCUGUGAGUCUCCUUUAUAAACAUGAAGAAGAAACAUAUCUUCUGAACCUAAUUGACACUCCUGGUCAUGUCGAUUUCGCAAAUGAAGUUUGUCGUUCACUUUCAGCGUCGGGAGGCGUGAUUUUGUUAGUUGACGCAAAUCAUGGCGUACAGGCUCAAACAAUAGCAAACUACCAUCUAGCAGUUGGGAAGAAUCUUAAGAUUGUACCAGUUCUAAAUAAAAUUGAUUUGAAACAUGCAAAUCCAGAGCAAGUCGAGCAAGAUUUAUUUUCUCUUUUUGAUAUUCUUCCUGAAGAUGUUCUGAGAGUAUCAGCAAAACUUGGAAUUGGCAUUGACUCUGUUUUUGAACAUAUAAUCAAGAAAAUUCCACCCCCUGAAUCAUGUAGAGAUGAAGCAUUCAGAGCUCACUUAUUUGAUUCAUGGUACGAUAAAUAUCGCGGCGCUCUUAAUCUCAUGUUCAUCAAAGAUGGGGAAGUCAAACUUGGUCAGGAAAUUGUGUCAUGUGAGAGCAAAAAAAUUUACAUUGUUAAGUCACUUUCGUUGUUAACACCAGAAGAGAAGAACGUUAAGAAAUUAAUCGCGGGUCAAAUUGGCUUAAUUGGAAUGAACAUGAGAAACUCCAAGGAAGCUGUCAUCGGUGACACUUAUCACCUGAAAGGAUCACCAACUGAGCCAUUGGAAGUUUUUAAGAAACUUCGUCCAAUGAUUUUUGCUGGCAUUUAUCCUUCAGAACAAUCACAACAUGUUGCAUUAAGAGGUGCAAUUGAAAAGCUCGUGUUGAAUGAUUCUGUUGUGACAUUUGCACCCGAAACAAGUCCGGCACUUGGCCAUGGCUUUCGACUUGGCUUUCUCGGUUUAUUGCAUCUUGAAGUAUUCGUUCAACGACUUCAACAAGAAUAUCAAGCAGAGCCGAUUAUCACCGCACCUUCUGUUACCUACAAAAUUAAAUUAAAAAACAUGAAAAACAUUCUGAAACAACACGGAGGUAAAGAAAUUAUUUCUGUUUCCAACCCGAAAUUUCUUCCUGAACCAAAUCAUGUUGAAGAAUAUUUUGAGCCAACAGUUCUUGGCACAAUCAUAACGCCAAGCGAAUAUAUUGGAAAGAUUAUCAGUUUAUGUAUUGAGAAGCGUGGCAUUCAAAAGUCGUCGAUAAAUCUCGAUGAAAAUCGUAUUAUGAUGACGUAUCAGUUACCAUUGUCAGAAGUUGUAGUCGAUUUUCACGAUCACAUCAAGUCUUUAUCCUCAGGCUUUGCGAGCUUUGAUUUCGAGGAGAAAGAAUAUGUAAGCACAAACUUAGUAAAGCUUGAAAUACUUUUGAAUGGAGUGCCUGUUGAAGAGCUUUCAAAUAUUGUUCAUGCAAGAAAUGCUGAGACUUUUGCAAAAGAUUUAGUUGGAAGAUUAAAAGAGUUAAUUCCAAGACAAAUGGUGAUGAUCGCAAUUCAAGGUGUUGUGGGUGGAAAAGUUCUUGCGAGAGAGACAAUUAGAGCUUAUCGCAAGGACGUGACUCAGUGGCUUUAUGGUGGUGACGUCACAAGACGAAUGAAACUGUUAAAGCAGCAAUCUGAAGGUAAAAAGAAAAUGAGAUCAAUUGCAAACGUUAAUGUACCUCGAGAUACUUUUAUUAGAGUUCUGAAAAGAUUUUGAAUAAAAAAAUAAAUUUUCAUUGACUUCAAAAUUCA